AUGUCCCUCGUCCUCCCCGGAGAACAUGUGCCCGCUCAGCAUGUAAACCUCAAACUCGGACCUGGCCUCCUCCAGUCAUCGUCCACGCAAGGACAGGCCGCGAUCGUCUCCACGCGCGCAGGCAAGGUUAUGAACAACCCAAAAGGCAACAAAUGGUGGAUAGAAGGGAACUCGCGGCGGUACAUUCCUGCCCCACAAGAGUCCGUAGUGGGGGUGGUCAUCUCGCGAAGUGGUGAGAACUGGCGGGUGGACAUCGGUUCGGCGCAUAUGGCCUCCCUGGACGGACUCGCGUUCGAGGGCGCAACAAAACGGAAUCGGCCAAACCUCAAGGUUGGUUCAUUGCUUUACGCCCGAGUGUCAUUGGCACACAAAGACAUGGAGCCAGAGUUGGAGUGUUUCGACGCACAGACACGCAAAGCGGAGGGCUUCGGAGAGCUCAAGGGCGGGUUUAUGGUGCAAUGUAGUCUGAAGAUGUGCAGACUACUGCUGGACCCAAAACAUUUUCUCUUCCCCCUCCUCGGUGCUCGCUUUCCACUUGAGACUGCGGUAGGGAUCAACGGGAGGGUGUGGGUAAACUGCAAGGAUCCUAGGCAAACGAUCGCCGUUGCGAGGUGUAUUGAGGCUGUCGACCCGGAUGGCGGAGGAAUGGAAGAAGUUGCCGUUAAGAAGUUCCUUAGUACUUUAGAUGUAUGA